AUGUCUGCUCCGACUACCAACGACGGCAACGCCCAACCUGCAACCGGCUAUACUGGUCCGCCCGCGCACAUCAUGAUCAAGGAGCACAUCCUCACCGAUGAGAUAAUCAAGCGCCACAACGACCCUGAAUCCAUCCUGGGAGGUCCAGAGUUGAUCCUCCUCAAUGAAUACGUCCAGGCUCCAGAUCACAGGCUCGACAUACUGCGGGAGCACGAUAUGCUUGAUGCGGAAGGCGCUAGAACGGGCUCACGCGCUCAAGAGGCCCACCAUAGUAUUGUUGGCUGGGCAAUGGCAAACGAUUACUUCAACGAGGAAGAUAUUGCGAAGCUCAAAGGAUGGUUUGAUGCAGGAAAUGCUGACGAAAGUAUGAUGGAGCAUGGCUGGAAAAGGCAGUGA